CGUCCACCAUUUCACCAAUCGCCGGAAUAGGGCGUCCAUUCAAUCCAAUACGUCUUACCCGCUCGGAGCCAACGGUAACCCGUGCGUCAACGAUCAUCAGUCGCAGUGAACUGAUAGCCACUAAGGCGGCAUCGGCAACGUCAUGUUUGGGAUCAAAUCUCAUCUCGCUCACUCAUACCAGCUCCACGUCGUCGAUACCGUAUCCCAAUGCUCGCUCCAGUUCGGCUCAUUCUUAUUUGACACCACAGCGAAGAAGCCGUUCACCGACGAUUUCUGACGUGAUCCGCUUCCGUAAUCGAAUAGGAAAACUAAACAAAUUCCUCAGAAAUCCUCAACACAAGCCACCAAAACCUGUUGUACGUUCUGAUUCGGAUGCAUCUACCCAACAAGGUGGAGCAGGCAGUACCAGUAGCGGGCAUUAA